AUGCGUGCUGUCGUGCUCACCCUCAGCGCCUUCGCGGCCCUCGUCGCUGCGGCGGACAACCCGUUCCAGAUCCCCAAUGGCGGCUACACCUUCACCGCUGGCCAGCCCACCACUCUGCACUGGGACCCGACCACCAAGGGCACUGUCUCGCUGCAGCUGCAGUGGGGAUCUGUGACCACCCCUGAUCAGGGAAUCACCAUCGCGAGCCACAUUGACAACACGGGCACCUACACCUGGAAUGUCCCGGCCGAUCUCGCUGCGCAGCCCGACUUCACCAUCCGGAUCACCGAUGACUCUGACCCCAGCGACGUGAACUUCUUGCCGCGCUUCGUCAUCGCGGGCGCCUCGGGCACUGCCAGCGUUACUUCGGCCACUUCCACCGGCACGUCGGCCUCUGCUUCUUCGACUGGUAGCAGCGCUGCGUCGUCGACUACUCUGAUCACGACGACCACUCCUGCCUCAUCGUCUUCUUCUGCUGCCGCGUCCUCGACGACCAAGUCCAGCUCGGCUUCUGCCUCGGCCUCGUCUUCGUCGGCUUCUGCUUCGGCUACUUCCAGCAGCAGCAGCAGCAGCAGCACCUCGAGCGCUUCGUCCACUGCCACCGCGACCUCGACCGGCAAGCCCACGAGUGUGCCAAACGUUGGCGGCGCCGCUGCUCUGAAGGUGCCCGGUGCUCUGAUGGGUCUGGUCAUGGGUGCGAUGGCGAUGCUGUAA